AUGUCUGGAAUCCUCGACGAAGGUACAAUAUCCCUCCCAUCCGUAGAAAUAACCACUUGGAUGAACUGCUGAUCAGAAUCACAGAAGAGUUGAUCAAAACCCGACCCCUCCUUUUCGAACAACGUCCUUACAAUCGUAUUGUAAAGCGCUGCACCCCAUUAUUGAGACCGGAGCAAUUACCAGCAACCUCCGAAGGACUUAACACCUAUGGUGAAGAGCUAGAACUCGACUUCAAAGCCUUCGAAGGUGUAAUCGCCCGGAUCCAGCUCCUCCGCGAGACAAACAAGAGAGAAGUGGAACGUUACGAGAAGGAAAAGGGCGACAUUCGUAUUUCCCCCUCCGCCUCUCUGCUCAAAGAAGGAAAAAGUUAAUUUUUGCGCUUAUAGUCGAGACCGCCACGGUUGCUCGUGAAACCCUCGUCACACUCAGAGAAACGCUCCAACUCUCGCAGCGCGAAAAGGAGAAUAAACUCAUCUACGACGCAAUCGCCAGCGACAUCCUGUCAAAGAACACACUAAAGUCUCGCGACGAGCAGAGCGUCAACAUCGAGCGGCUAAACAAAGAGAUUGCAGAAUUGGAGGCUGAGCGCGACGAGUACAGACAGGUAUGGAACGCCCGUCGCGAUCAGUUCGGGCAGAUCGUGGAUCAGUUGCAGAAGAUGUGGGCGCAGAUCAAAGAGGAUAAGGACGAGCAAGGUAAUCCACUUUUGCUCCUUCACUUGAGGGAAGAAAACUGACUGGUGAUCGUGAUUAUCCUAGAUCGUAGAGAAGGCAUGUCGGAAGAGGAAGAAGGCGAGGAAGUCGAAGCCCCGGUUAUCUCUAGACAAUUCUCCGAAUCGAAUACUCCUUUCAACAUUUCUACGCCCAAACUUAGCGCCAGCCAUGUCGCAACUCCGGUCCCCGUCAUCACACAUACCUCCCCGGAUGACGAGAAGGAGGAAGGCGAAGCCGACGAAGACGAGGACAUCGAGUUUACCGACCCCCCGGUGGAGAAUUGCGAGAAGGGGGCAGUGGCAUUGCCAGAUGCUCCGAACAUUCCAGACUCGGAGAAGAUGGACUUGACCUAAUCAUUAUUAUUAUAAUAUCAUACUUCCGCAUACCGUAUUCCUUCUAUACAAGGCCUUCUCCUUCCCUUGUUAUUAUACUGGGCUUUUCAGUGCUGUAUUUGUAGCACCAUGCUUCCCUAAAGGGGAAAAAAAUAGAGAGUGGGGCGUCCGAACGAAUAACAUGUAAUGUAGUCACGAUAAAUCACUCGGGAUGGGAUAAACCCAAUAUUCGCCAACACCAAAGGGUCUUGACAUCAAGCCGCAGGUUGAUAUUCGUAUGUAGACUAUCUAUCUACCGGUGACUCACC